CCUGUGCACAUAACGGGCAGCGCGCACUCUGAGGCGGCUUCUCCAGAUAGCAGGCUGGCAUUGACGGGCACCUGAAGCCCAGAGCACCCCACAAGCUGAGUGCAGGACGCGCCCCUACCACACCCACUCCCAGGCCGCUGGAUGAGGCUUCCAGGCGUCCCCUCGCUGCCCGCAGCGCCCUGCCGAAGGUCCGCCCUCUGAGGCGCGGCCAGUGAGCCAACAGCCAGUGCGCUCACCUGCCAGCCUGCGCGCCAUGGGACAACCCGGGAACCGCACCGUCUUCUUGCUGGCACCCAACGGAAGCCAUGCGCCGGACCAAGACGGCACGCAGGAGCGGAAUGAUGCAUGGGUGGUGGGCAUGGGCAUGGUCAUGUCCCUCAUCGUCUUGGCCAUCGUGUUUGGAAACGUGCUGGUCAUUACAGCCAUUGCCAAGUUCGAGCGUCUGCAGACGGUCACCAACUACUUCAUCACCUCGCUGGCCUGUGCGGACCUGGUCAUGGGCCUGGCGGUGGUGCCUUUUGGGGCCAGCCAUAUCCUCAUGAAAAUGUGGACUUUUGGCAAUUUCUGGUGUGAGUUUUGGACUUCCAUUGACGUGUUGUGCGUCACGGCCAGCAUUGAGACCCUGUGCGUGAUUGCAGUGGAUCGCUACUUUGCCAUCACGACACCCUUCAAAUACCAGAGCUUGCUGACCAAGAACAAGGCCCGGGUGGUCAUUUUGAUGGUGUGGGUUGUGUCAGGUCUUACCUCCUUCUUACCCAUCCAGAUGCACUGGUACCGGGCCACGCACCAAGAAGCCAUGGAGUGCUAUGCCAAGGAGACCUGCUGUGACUUCUUCACGAACCAAGCUUAUGCCAUUGCCUCUUCCAUCGUGUCCUUCUACCUGCCCUUGGUUGUCAUGGUCUUUGUCUACUCCAGGGUCUUCCGGGUGGCCAAAAGACAACUCCAGAAGAUCGACAAAUCUGAGGGCCGCUUCCAUGCCCAAAACCUCAGCCAAGUGGAGCAGGAUGGGAGGAGCGGGCACGUACCUCGCAGGUCCUCCAAGUUCUACUUGAAGGAACACAAAGCCCUGAAGACUUUGGGCAUCAUUAUGGGCACUUUCACGCUGUGCUGGCUGCCCUUCUUUAUCGUCAACAUCGUGCAUGUGAUCCAGGAUAACCUCAUCCCCAAGGAAGUUUACAUCCUCCUAAACUGGGUGGGCUAUGUCAACUCGGCUUUCAAUCCCCUCAUCUACUGCCGGAGCCCGGAUUUCAGGAUUGCCUUCCAGGAGCUUCUGUGCCUGCGCAGGUCUUCUUUGAAGGCCUAUGGGAAUGGCUGCUCCAACAGCCAGGACAGAUCUGACUACACAGGGGAGCCGAGUGGAUAUCACCUGGGACAGGAGAAAGACCGCAAACUGCUGUGUGAGGAUGCCCCAGGCAAGGCAGACUUUGUGAACCGUCCAGGUACUGUGCCUAAUGAUAGCAUUGAUUCCCAAGGGAGGAACUGUAGUACAAAUGACUCACUGCUCUAAUGCAGUUUUUCUACUUUUUAAGGACCCCCCCCCAAAACACUACACAGACUAUUUAAUUAUUGGAGUGUAAUGCAUUUAGAAUAAAGUUGUAUAGAGAUGUGCAGGAGGAGGACAUCCUUCUGCCUUUUUUUGUUU